UAUAAAACCCAGCAUCACGUAUGCAGCCUUGUACUGGUGUGAUGGCUCUUCACAAUUCACUGGAUGAGUCCGUCGGGAUUCUGAGCAUCUCAGCAGGCUCUCUCCUGCUGUUGGUGAACAGCUAUGGCAGCUCUCCUCUAAAAGACUUCAUCCCCCACACUGCCCUGGGGGUUUUGCUCCUCAUCAUCACAGUCCUUGUAGCUUAUGCAGGUGUCCGUCACAGCCUGUCCCACGCCCAGCUGUUUUCCACUCUGUGUCUCACCGUCUCUGCUCUGUGGUGUGGCUCAGGUCUGAUCUACAUUCUGGUAGGACAGGGGGUGCUGCAGCUCACAGACCUGAAAGACUCACUGGUUCCUGGUCUGGCAGCGUUUACUCUAGCCUUGUUCAUCAUAGGCUGUGUUGCACUCUUUGUGAAGAAACAGGUUCUGUUCAUCAUAGCCGUCUGCAUUUCUUUAGCUUCUGCCCAUCAAAUCGCUGACCUGUGUGCUGCAGGGUUUGGAAAGUCUGCCACUGCUGCAAACUACCUUCUUGUCUGUCUGGUGUGUGUUUACUUUGGAUUUGGACGUCUUCUGUCCACAAUCACUCAGGGUAAAGUGAGACCCCCAGGAGUUGCCCUGAAGCUGAAAGCUGAGCUGAAAAGAGACCAGAACCAGAGGUGCAGUGAUGUAGCAAGUGUAGGUUUGGUGAUGAAUUUAUUGUCUGCCUCUGUGUUGGCCUGUCCCCUGUUACGUGUUGUCCCUACACUCUCUGUUGGACAUGUCCCCUGGCUGUGGACAGCUGGAGUCUUCCAGCUAAGCCUGUGUGUCCUCUUUUAUCGAUCUUUGGACAUACUGGCUGCUACUUUCUAUGGUUUUACAGCCCUGCUGAGGUUUGCAGAGGGCUACAGUGCUUUGUUGUCCUGGUACUCCAUCCAGCCUUUCUCUCCCGUUCCCUUUCCUGUUGUCUUUGCGGUGCUUUUCUCCAUUCUGGCCCUGUUCAGCUGUCAAAAGAGCCUGCUGGAGGGCUUCUACCAGUUAUUCUUUGUUGCAUAUUGUAUUUCCAUUGCAGCACAGCCCAAAGGCUUCUUCCAAGGAGGUACUCAGGGAGUGCAGGGUGCUAUAUUUGUAGCUACGGCUGUAAUGCUGUUCAUCACUGCAUUCAACAUGGUUUCCAGGACCAAGAUUCCUGUAGGGCAGGGUGUGUUUAAGGCUUUAGUAACCAGGAUGGGGAAACUCAAGCCCAGAGCUCUUGAUAAAGAGCAACACGAACCUCACCUGGGCUACUCCAAAUAUGCAGAUGCAGAGGUGUUGGGUCAUGCCUGCAAUGUUCUGGCUGCUUUUGCCAUCACAGCCACAGUUGAUGACAGAACUCCUCAGUCUGUGCUGGUUCUGCCCUGGGUGGUGGUGGCUGGUGGGGUUCUGCAGCUCCUGUGUGGCUCGGUAGCAUUCGCUCGGGGUAAAACCUUUGAGAGUACUGUCUUUAUUCUGUACGGGGUCAUGUGGACAGUUUGGGGUCUGACACGAUACGGAGGUCUGUACGGUGAAACCAGAGGAUUUAAUGUGGCUGUUGGGAUCAUCAGCUUCAUGUUGUUUAAUCUUCUGGUGACAGUUGCAGCACUGUUUCUAAAUGUAGCCUGGUUUGUGUAUGCAUUCACUUUCCAGCUCAUCCUCAUCAGCUUUCUGCUGGAUGCUGUAGGUUCGCUGCCAUACGGCUACGACAUAGGUGUCACUAUCAUCUUUGGGCUGGUCAGUUUUUAUUGUUUUCUGGCACACAUUUUCAACAGCACCUUCACGUCCCCUCAAAUGCCCCUGGGAAGACCUUUAGUCAGGCUGGGUGGGAUGGGAGGGGGGGCAGAUGUGUGUCCACAUGUUCCAGCCCGCAAAGCAGCAUCGGUUCAACAGAUUGCAGAAAUCAUGAAAAAUGGUGGCAUAUGUGGAAUGCCAACCGACACCGUCUAUGUGCUGGUAGCAGCCUGCAACAGGCCUGAUGCAGUCAUCAAAGCUUACAAGGUUAAAAAACAGGCUCAGGUCCGACCAAUGUCCAUGUGGAUCUCCUCUACCAAGCAGCUGGAGCCUGUGAGACACCUGCUGAGCCCUCUGCUGCUGGACUUCAUGGAGGCUGCAUGGCCCUCAUCUAUCAGCAUGGUCAUACCCAGAGGUCCCUGGAUGGAUAUUUUUGGUUUAGGAGAUGCUGCCAUACACAUAGGGACUCCACAAAGCAUCGCUAUCAGAAACCCAGACUGUGCAGUGGCUACACAUCUCAUUAAUCAGGUGGGACCUAUUGCUGUAACCUCAGCCAACCCCACUGGCGAGGCAGACACUACUCAUCAUAACCAGGUUUACGCCAAACUGGGAGACAAGGUGGAUGGAGUGUUGUGUGAUGGACCGUCUCCAGAAAACAUUGCAUCUACUGUCGUCGACUGCACCAAGAUUGAUACUGGGAACAUUGGUUUCUUCAGAGUGGGUAUGAUUCCUAAAUCCAAGGUCCUUCAGAUUUUCGAGGAGGUUCAGAAUCGACACAGACAUGGGCACACAAACCCUGGUUUUGAACACGAUCUGCCCACAACAGACACAGAAAGAGAGGAAAAUUCCAUAGAAGAGGAGGCAGCAGGGUCAGAAGAAGAAACAGAAGACUCAACACAGUCGACAACUUCAAAUGAAAUAAAUACAGAUGAUAAUGAACUGUAGACUCUAAGUUAUGAGCAGUACUUAAGUAUACACAGGAUGUAAAUAUGUAAAAAUUAUAUUAAAACACUCUUUUUCAUAGCUAAAUGUAUACCAAGUGUUAAUAAUCAACAUGUUAUGUAUACAUUUUGUUAGAUGAAUGGGGUCCUUUAAAAUGUUUAUAUAUACCAUCUACUAAAUGUUUAUUUUGUCAGAAUUAUUGUAUUCCAAAUUAUAAAUAAAAUUUCUUUUGUUUAUGAAACAUCAAAUCCAGAGGUUUUCAAUCAGAAGAAAGCUCUUGACUUUGUUCCACCUUUUUCUUUCAUUUAAACACUUGCGUGUAAUACCCAGUCUUUGUUUUCAUGUUGUCAGAAUACUUGGUUUAAAUGGUAACAUUUGGUCAUGUUUUAUUUUUUUGAUGAAUAGUGCAAAUCUCCUGAGCCAUGAAAGCUAACAUUUUUCCAUGCUAAUGUGAUACAAGACAGAUGGGCAUAAUGACUUUGUCAGUAAAAAUGGAUGUUGUAGUAGGACCCAAAUGCAGUAAAUCCAUUGAGGCAACUAAUUGAAGCUGUCAAAAAUCAUUUCAAUGAGGCAAAGGGCACAAGGAGUCCAGGAAGACAGGGAGCGAGGUACACAAAGAAACAACAGACAACAAAGAACAGAGCAGGCUUAAAGAGCAAGUCACCCCUCACCAGAGUCUUACUCCACUCCCACUUCAUGUUUGAAAAAAAAAAUGCAACAACUGCUGUUGCCUGGCAAACUGAAAGGGCAGAGCCACUAACAAAUACAGAAACACACACAGGCUCACAACAACAUUGGGACAUCAUAAUGUACCUGCUAACUUCAUAGUGUACCUCUUAGCCAAUAGCGAUGGCAGAUUUAAAUUCAAAUGCAUUGCAGAGUUGUUACCUGAAGACGGCACAACACUAAUAUUUUAAGGAGGAAUAUUUCACUUUUAA